AUGACUGUUUUUUCGGUACCAAUUAAUUUACCAUUUUGGUACCAACCAUGUGGUAGUAAAAUUGAACCAGAUAAUUAUAAUUUAAAUAAUAUUGAGCAUGAAAUUAAAUCAAGUUUAAAUAGAAUGAAAUUACAACAUGGUAUUGCACUUGGUAGUUUUAAAAAAGGAAAUUAUGAAAAUAAUUAUGAUAAAGCUGGAAAUCAUAUUGCAAGGAAACAAUAUAUUCCACAUUGGAUACCAAAUGAGCAUGACAUAAGUUUAAUCAAACAACUUGAAGGAAAGACACUUAGAACGGUUGCUGAUCAUUUACCGGGUUUACAUACAGAUCUACAAAAAUUUUCAAUAGCCAUUGAAGAAAUGAUAAACGAUGAAAAUGAUUUAUCGAAAAAAAAUGCACUCGAACGUACAUUAAUGUUUUUACAAUCAUAUUUGUGUGAAGUUGAAACGACAAUUGUUAAUUUAUCAUUUUUAAAUAUACCAGAAAGAAUAAGUAGAAAUAUUAUGGUACAAAAAGAACGAGAUCCUGAGGAUUAUACAAGAAGAUUAGUUCGUGAUUGGGGAAUUUUAAUAAAAUACAAAGAACAUCUAAUAGCUUGGAAAAAAGUUCUUGAUUCUCAUUAA